AUGGACGCUUUGGAUGAAGUCCCAACAGAAGUGAGUCGGCCUUUCAUUGCGGAGAUCAUCAAGCUACAGAAAAUCUGUCAGAUCAACCUGUUUGUGACGUCUCGUCACAUUCCCGAGAUACAAAACCAGUUUACCAACAAUGGAGCAGCUGUUCUAGAGAUUCGAGGAAGCGACAAAGACAUUCGCCAGUUUUUGAACAAUUCAAUCUUCCAGUUGCCCCGGUUUGUUGCCAGAGAUCCAACAUUUCAGAUCGUGAUCAUCGAAAAGAUCACCGAAGCUAGUUCCGGAAUGUUCCUUCUCGCAGAACUCCAUUUGCGAUCUUUGAAAAACAAAAAGUCUCCAAAGGCCCUACGAUCCUCGCUUGCCAAGUUGUCCGUUGGGUCGGAUGCCUACGACAGCGCGUACCAAGAUGCUAUGACAAGAAUUGCUGGGCUGGGUUCGGAAUCUGAAGAACUUGCCAAGCAAGCUUUGCUUAUAAUAACAUUCGCCCGGGAGCCUCUACGCACAGAGGAUCUAUCAUAUGCAUUAUCUGUUGAACCCGACAGUGAAAAUAUCGACGACGAGAACGUCCCAGAUAUCGAGGACAUCGUGGGUGUGUGCGCCGGUCUAAUCAUCAUCGACAAGGAGAGUAACAUAGUCAGACUCGUACAUAAAUCAGCAAAGGAAUACUUUGAGCGCCACCAGACCCAAUUGUUUCCAGGAGCUAGCAAAACAAUGGCAAGACUUUGCCUCAAAUUCAUCGGUUUAUCCACCUCAAUAGCAGGCUUCGACAAGAGGGUCGAAGCGUCAUGGCCGCCCUUUUGGAGAUAUGCCGACAUAAAUUGGGCCUACCAUUCUCGCCGCGCCGAAAGAGAUGACGGGAUUAUCAAAAUGACAGAUGUUGAUGUUGUUCCUAGUAAAGUGGUCUCUGACCUGCAUUCCGUAGCGACGUUGGCGGUCGAUCUGCUUGCCAGAGACAUAGCAGGGGGCCUACCUACAGCGCUUGAAAAGGCUUUUCAAGAAAGACGUCAUGCCUUAGUAGAGUUGCUUCUCACUGUUCACGACUAA